GACUAAAGGUAGUGCAAAUCAUUUAUCGCAAAUUACUAAGGCCAAGUCAAUAUAGCCAAAUGAAGAAAAUAGUUCCGACGGAGGCACAAAUUUUCUGCCUGGCGUUAAGCUACCAAGAUGGCGGACGCGGGAAGACUAAUGUAGCGAAAAUGGAAAAUAUUUAACAUUUUGAAGACAUUUUCGACCGUUCACAGAGUAUGGCCAGUCUGAUGACAUCACCUAGUACCAAGGAGGGGACCUUCCUGUACCACAGCCGGCUGGGCAGCUCCCUGCUGUACCAGCUGUCAGCUCGGGAGAGAGAGCUGGAUCUGGUGCUGUUGGACCACUGUUAUGCCAAACCGUGGAGUCAGCAUCCCGAUGCCAGCCAUGCACGCCCCGCCCGAACCCUGUUUGUGCCAAAGAAUAUCCGACACCAGCAGAACGACCCAAUCAAUACAAAAGCAGAGAUUCCUGUAGAUGUGGUGGGAGCGCCCAAGCCCGUGGCUGUCCCGUACGACGGCGUGAAGGCACGGUCUGUGAUGAAUGAGUGCGAGCGUCACGUGAACUUUGCGAGAACAGACUCGGUGGAACCACCAAAUGAUGACGACUGGGAGGAGAGACUGACCAGAACUGGCUGGACUCCAGCCCAGAACAAACUGUUCAACAAAGUGCUGAAGGCUCUACAGGCAGACAGACUGGCCAGGCUCACAUAUGAAGGGGCUGUUAACGAGCCUGUGAUGAGGAGGAUCCAUGUGGACAAGUGUGCCAGAAGGGUGCGGCAGGCACUGGGCAGUGUGUCAUGGGACCCCAAGUUGACCCAGUGGCUGCACCAGACCCUGGUGGACAGUCUGAGCAGGCCGUUACUAGCAGCAUACCUGGACGUCCUGCAAACCCUCAAGUCGAAGGUUCCAGGCUUGGUAGACAAGAUGAUCAGUUUGUCUACCUCACAAGGAGCGACAAGCGCCGAGGCUCUGAGCCUCCUACUGAAGCGUCCCUGGGACCCUGCCGUCAGCGUCUUUACCACCCACAAACCGGUAUGCAGCUUGUAUGGCGAGACAACCACAAGCUCCGCCCAUCGGAAGUUGCCGGGGUCGCCCAUCUUGCUGAUCGCGCCCUGCGGCCCCACCCACCCGUCGGUGCACCACUCCCGCCGCAUGCGCCUGUGGAACAACCACCUGUCCAACCUGGGCAAGGUCAUCCCCGUAACCAUGCACACGGUCAACGGGGGGUCAGGGGUCACCGUGUCCCAGCUGCUGGAACACAUGGUCAGUGCUGUCAAGAACAAAGUGGGAGAGCUCCGAGGCCAUUUCCCAAACAGACCCAUUGUGCUGAUUGGAUGGUCAGUGGGCGGUCUCAUCGCUCUUCAUGCUGCUGUGUCCGAGUCCGUAAAUGCAGUCGUGUGUCUGGGGUUUCCCUUUGUUGGAAUGGAAGGAGGGCGUGGGGACAUAGACGACCCUCUCCUGGAGCUGAAGACACCAGCCCUGUUUGUGGUUGGUCAGGACUCGCCCAUCUGUUCGGUGGACGACAUGGAGGAUUUCCGGGAGAAGAUCAAGGCGGAUAAUCAGCUGGUGGUGGUGGGCGGGGCCGACGAGAUGUUACGCCUUACCCGCGGGAAGAAGAAACAAGAGGGUGUGACCCAGACUAUGGUGGACAGGUGUAUACAGGAUGAGAUCAGUGAGUACCUGGGGGGUAUCCUGUCUGCCCAGGUCAGCUCCGGCACCCUCACCCCACACUCGGACCCCCCUGCCGACACGGAGGGGGAAGUGCAGAAGAAACAGAGGCGGCGCAAGGUCCAGCGCGACCUGAGUACAGAGCUGGGCACCACAUCCUCCCCUGUAGCCAAGCAGAGACCUCAGACACCUAGUAACAGUAGUGAGGGCGUGGCAUCCCUUCCCAGCACCCCUGGCACCCCCGGGUCCAAGGGUGAGAAGCCCUCCCCACAGAAAGUGUCGACGGGAACAUCCACUACCAUCAGUGGCUCCCUGUAUGCAGCACAGUAUGCAGCUUUCCUUAAACAACAGGCCAACAAAGCAUCACUCACCACGCAGAAGGCACCAGGAAAGGGACGAGCCCAGGCACCAAAGCGCAAGCGGGCAGCCAGUUCAGCCACCAUCGAAGAUGGCUCCAGUGCAAACAAGAAACGUGCCCGGCAAUCCUCUGCAUCGGAGAAGAUUUCAUCCAAAGCCAGAGUUCCAGAUGAGUCUCGAAAUGUGCCCCCCUCCCCCUCUGCUCCCUUCCCCACCCCAUCCACUCACAGUACACUGACUAGUCUGCUGCAGUCCCCUCCAACCAGCCCAACGGUGUCAGCUGCUGCAGGUGUCACAGCACCUGCGGGGCCAGGUCUGGUCUCCGCACCCUCCGCUACCAAGUCUCUGUCUCAACUACAGCAGCAGUCUCUGUCACAAAUGGGUCUUCCCAAAAAUGCCUCUCACAGCAGCAUCUUACAGGGACUUAGUUUACAGGCCCAGCAGCACAUGGGUGGGGCUGGGGCUGCUGCAGCAUCAGCACUGUCCCUCAGUGGGCUGACCUCCCCUCUCAGCCACAGUGAGCACAGUCCAACAGCACAAGGGAUGCUGCUCACCACAAACCAGCUGUCACUGUCAAAGGGAGAUGUAUCCCAGGAAGGAUCACAACCCACCGUUUCCACUUCCACCUGCUCAUUUUCAGUGUCCACUGUCUCUGGUACAAUGCCACCAGUCGUUAGCACAGCAGUGGACAAUCACCCCGUCGCAACCUCGUCUGCAACCAUAGCCAGCAUGUCACAGAUCCAGCAGCUGCUGUCUGGCAUGCAGAAAGCCCCACAGAAGGCAGGUGCCCUCACCCUAGCACUCUCCUCCACUUCUACAACUUCAUCUUCCAUAGCCAGUCUGCUGACUGCUCCGAAAGGCACUGUAGCCGCCCUGAGUCAACAGAGCACCCCCCAGGCUGCCGGCACCCUACGCCAGAGCCCCAAAUCAGCCUUUGUGGCCAUGCAGCAGCGAGCAGGCAUGGAUGUGGACGUCAGCGACCCCACCAAAAUCGAGGUGAUUCAGAAGCUCCAGUUCCACGACUUCCCCCUGACCACCGGCAGCCUGACCUCCGCAACAAGCUCCGUCACACAGGCCAAGAUUCUGAAGAGUCUGGACCUGGGAAAGCUGCCUAUUCUGUCCGAAUUCACCAAAUCGUCUGAGAAUACUCUCUUGGUCGGCUUGGGGCAGUGUCGUCGACGUCGUAUAGUCAAGAGGCGGCGGUGCAGGGUUCGGACAGACCUCAUCCCAGCGUGGCAGACUCCGCUGCCGAGUGCGAUAUUGCAGACACUGCCCGCAGCAUCGCCCUGGGUAGGAUCCCUACAGUGGACCCCUCUGAUGGUCAGCAGCCCUGCCCUUCCCCUGUAGCUACAGCAGCACCAGACAGCAGCAGUCUAUCCACUCACAUGUACACCAUGGACACGGCAGGAACAGGUAUGGUACAGGGCAACGGCAGAGGACGCAGGGGGAAAAAUGGCAAAAGCUUUCAAUAGACGUAGACUUCAGAUGAAGGCAGAGGUUGGUGUGGCAUGGCAUCAGGACAACUAUUCCUUUGCUUUGAAAUGCUUAACACUGCAAGAAAGACAAAA